AUGAGUGUUCAAACACCUCGAACAUCCCUACGACAGGGCCUGCGGCAAGCUCCCAAGGUCAACCAGCCCUUUAUCCCUGACACCACACCAGCACGCCGCUCACAUAUGCACGGAAACCAAUCCCCGCAACCGACGCAUGUCACUCAGGCACAUUCAAUGUCGCCUGCGCAUCCGGGUAGUCCUCAAGUUGCGCCCGAGAGCUGGGAACCCAAGGAGCAUAAAGUCCCCAUGUCCACGCGCGAUGUCUGGACGCCCGGCAACCGCCCGAGUCUCUUUAGCAGUGUUUAUGAUAGAGGCAAGACAACGAGACAAGCAGACUACUAUGACCCUUACUUUGGUCUGAGGUUUAUCGAUGUCCCGAAGUCGGAUCAUAUCUAUAAACGUGCCCACUACGGCUUGCAAUCAGGCAUUCCGGAUGAAGUCGACUUCGCGCUAUAUCACCUUGUCCAAAUAUCAAAUCAGCGAGGGGACAAAUUCAAAUUCGAGGGCUUUCCUCUACUUGCGGACAACUUGAUGGAGAAGGCUAUGGAGGUCUCAGUGCUUUGCACAGGGGUCAAAUGGGAGCUCCAGUACGAUUUCAGGCAAACCACUGACCGCAUCAACGCACUCAACGCGCUACACGGCACUCGAGAUAUCCUGGACAAAAUCAAGAUGAUCCCGGUCACCUUGCCCGACGAUUCGCUGGAGACACACGAAUUCAACCAUCGCCUUCGGAAUAUCAAAGAAGCAACCCUGAUCAUUAGAAACAUGGUCCUUCUACCGGACAAUGCAUUCUAUAUCGCAAGCUGUGCCAGUGGUCUGCUAAGAGAUUUUUUGGUAAUCAUGCUUAAUAUCCCUGACCAGCCACGGCUGAAUGAACUGAAAAAUGACGCGCUUGACAUCGCAGAGGAAGUGACAAGGCUUAUGAGGACUGAUCCCGAAGACCCACUCUGGAUCUCACUGCUCAACUGCCUCGACUCUCCUGAUCGCGCCCAUGUUGUUCGUGCGCUGUGGGCUCUCACGCACUUCUCAACCGAGUUAGACGAACCGGAAGCAAACCGGGCAAUGGAGAGCAUACCGAAAGAGACGCUGCAGCAACUAUACUUGCUCACUUUGAUCGACUUGGACAAGGACAUCUUGAGUGGCGCGCUUGACUUUUGGUAUCAAUACACUCUUUCUCGCGAGAACAUCGAGACCAUGAUGGAAGUGUUCAACUUCCCGACGGUCUUCAUUCCACGCAUGCUUGCGCUAUUGACGCACGAGGGUCGGCCGAGUAAGAGGGAAACUGUCCUGCAGGAGGAGAAGGUAGCGCCGGCUCCAACCGAAAUCCCACGCGUACCUCCAGAAUUGCUUAAGGAUCUGAUGGACAUAUCUGAGCCGGAACGCAGUUCCCGUUGGCUGCGAUGCUGCUUUGUCGAGGAUGCCGAGUGUGAGAUUACACAAAUUGCGCUCUGGCAAGCCUAUCAAAGUCGGUUUGCCGAUCCUCGGGUUCCCGGCGGUGGUGUACUCCCCGCGGCGGAGUUUAUUAAGAACGUCAGCACGACGUUUACAAACGCGCAGGCCCAGGUAAUCAACGGACCUGGAUCGUCAACCAGAUUCAUUAUUAAGGGAAUCCGUCCCUUGGAGACUGCCUACACCUUCCAAGGAUUCCCUUACAUCUAUUGCAAGUGGCAGGAUAACACAAAGCCCGCGAAAACGUGUCAGCGCGCCUUCGCGCUGCCGGCCGACCUGCGCAACCACGUGUUUUCAGACCACAUGGACCUGAAACCAACCGAAACACCGGGUCAAUAUAACCUGGAGAACGCCGAGACGCCCGUUCAUACUUGCCAGUGGGACAACUGCACGAAAUUCCGCUCUUCUGGCCCCAGUGCAAACACCGCCAUGGUCGCAGGGCAUGUCUCGUCGCAUCUCCCUGAGGACCGGCCCGCGGAUGCCGAAGCACCUAGCUCGAAACGUGCUGUGCUCCAGGAACGUAUUGUUCGAAAGUGGUUCUACUUGGAUACACCAGUCAGUGAACGAGGAGAGCCUGUUGGUGUUGCAUACAAGGCUGCACUUGUCCUUCGCAAUCUCGCCAGGAAUUUACCAAACGGCAUCGCUCCGGGCUUCAAUGGGCUCUCUUGGAAGAAGGCUUACUUCAUGAGUCACCGACCGAAGAUUGUCGAAGUCUGGGACCGAAAUAGGUCACUGCGCAAGGAAUUGACCGAACUGAUCAUGAUCUUGGAGAAGGAGGAAUAUUACUGA